AUGAGCCCAUCGACGUCCCCUUCACUGACUAACGGCCCGACCGUUCUGACGAAGCGAAAGCUAUACGAGCUGACGUUCAUCAUAUCGUACAAGCCGAUUGUAUUUUCCCCGUAUCUCGCCGAUCUUCUCGUGGCUGCAGAGAGAAAGAACCAGACGGCGCUCGCCACACUUGUGCACAAAGAACUUCCGGGUUUCAGGUGUGACUGCAAGCAAACGCCAUUCUGGGAGGCCACCAACUCGGCGUUUAUGGCGGUCGGGUGCGGGGAUGGAGACCCGGUGGAAUACAAUCCAGAGACGCACAGACAGAACUUCGCCGGCAUGUACGAGAUGGCGCCGACAGCGGCGCCGUUCUGGGACUGGCAUCAUCUGCGCUGCACUGAAUGGCGUGUGCGCCCGAAGUGGCGGUACACAGGCCUGCUCGCGGCGAAAGGCACGGCACACCCAAUGUUACUUAUCUCCCCACUGUACGACACCGUUUGCCCGCUCGCGCAUGCACAGGACGUGCACACGCGGUAUGCUGGAUCGGCACUCCUUGUGCAAGACUCUUACGGGCACUGUUCGACCUCGGCGCCUUCGCUGUGCACUGCGAAAUAUCUGCAGGCCUACUUACAAAAUGGAACGUUGCCGGAGGAAGGACCAGUGUGCAAGCCGGACGAGCUGCCGUUCAUAGGCAUGGUCAACGAGACUCGAGCAAGCACGAUGUCAGUGGAAGACAACGAGUUGCUGGACGCGAUCAGAGGACUUGGCGAGGGGAUUGCUACGUUUGGAGCGUGA